CGGGGGACAGAGGAAGACAGGGAAGUACGGGGCGGCGGGGCCUCCGCAGCAGCGAGGCUCCGCGGGGCAGCAGGGGCAGAGACGAGCCCGGCCAGCCAGCGGCUCCCCGGCCUCAGCGGCUUCUGCUUCGGGGACAGACGCGCCUGGCCGGUGCGCCCUGGAGGGGGCUUGACAGACAAAAGAGCCAAAGCCCAGAGUGGGAGGAGACUGGCCUGAGGACACAGAAGCGACAGAGCUAAGGACACGACCCUUAUCCUGACCAGCUUAACUCCAAGCCCAGGGCCAUGGUGAGCGAGUCCCCGGGGCCCGGCGCCCGCGUGCCCUGGCGGCGGAGCGACGAGGCGCUGCGCGUGAACGUGGGCGGCGUGCGGCGGCGGCUGAGCGCACGCGCACUGGCGCGCUUCCCAGGCACGCGGCUGGGCCGCCUGCAGGCCGCGGCGUCCGAGGAGCAGGCGCGGCGCUUGUGCGACGACUAUGAUGCGGCGGCGCGCGAGUUCUACUUCGACCGGCACCCGGGCUUCUUCCUGGGCCUGCUGCACUUCUACCGCACCGGCCGCCUGCACGUGCUCGACGAGCUGUGCGUCUUCGCCUUCGGUCAGGAGGCCGACUACUGGGGCCUGGGCGAGAGCGCGCUCGCCGCCUGCUGCCGCGCGCGCUACCUGGAGCGGCGCGUGGCGCGGCCGCGCGACUGGGACGAGGACAGCGACACGCCGAGCAGCGUGGACCCGUGCCCCGACGAGAUCUCCGACGUGCAGCGCGAGCUGGCGCGCUACGGGGCUGCGCGCUGCGGCCGCCUGCGCCGCCGCCUGUGGCUCACCAUGGAGAACCCCGGCUACUCGCUGCCCAGCAAGCUCUUCAGCUGCGUCUCCAUCGGCGUGGUGCUGGCCUCCAUCGCCGCCAUGUGCAUCCACAGCCUGCCCGAGUACCAGGCCCGCGAGGCGGCGGCCGCCGUGGCCGCGGUGGCCGCGGGCCGCGGCCCGGACGGCGUGCGCGACGACCCGGUGCUGCGGCACCUCGAGUACUUCUGCAUCGCCUGGUUCAGCUUCGAGGUGUCGUCGCGUCUCCUGCUGGCGCCCAGCACGCGCAACUUCUUCUGCCACCCUCUCAACCUCAUUGACAUCGUGUCGGUGCUGCCUUUCUAUCUCACGCUGCUGGCCGGCAUGGCGCUCGGCAACCGGGGCGGCGCGAGCGGCGAGGACCUCGGCGACCUGGGCAAGGUGGUGCAGGUGUUCCGCCUCAUGCGCAUCUUCCGCGUCCUCAAGCUGGCGCGCCACUCCACUGGGCUGCGCUCGCUGGGCGCCACGCUCAAGCACAGCUACCGUGAGGUGGGCAUCUUACUGCUGUAUCUGGCCGUGGGGGUGUCCGUGUUCUCCGGUGUGGCCUACACAGCUGAGAAGGAGGAGGACGUGGGCUUUGACACCAUCCCCGCCUGCUGGUGGUGGGGCACGGUGAGCAUGACCACCGUGGGCUACGGGGACGUGGUACCCGUGACGGUGGCCGGCAAGCUGGCAGCCUCAGGCUGUAUCCUCGGGGGCAUCCUGGUGGUGGCGCUCCCCAUCACCAUCAUCUUCAACAAGUUUUCUCACUUCUACCGCCGCCAGAAGGCUCUGGAGGCCGCCGUGCGCAACUGUAACCCCCGGGUGUUUGAGGAUUUGCUGAGCAGUGUCGACGGGGUGUCAGAGGUGUCUCUGGAGACGUCCCGUGAGACCUCCCAGGAGGGAAGGUCUACAGACCUGGAGGCCCAGGCCCCCAGUGGGCCUCCAGACUCUCAGGCUUACUAAAACCAAGGCUCGGUGUUCCCCCUUCCCACACCCCUAAGGUCAGCUGAAACAGCCGAGAUCCCUGCCCGCUUACAGCGUUCCUGGGGGCGUGACUGCUCAGGAUCACUCAUCCAGGCCUGAGGAAUGACACCCAGCGGCCAAGCCCGUUCCUGCCAAAGGCCCAGGCCAGGAGAACAUUGCCCUAGGUUCUGUGAGCCUGGUGAACACACCAGAGAACUUCAUACGUGGACCUCCAAGCUCCCCGUGAAGCAGGCAUGCGCCAAAGAGAACGUAGAAAGGUUGCUAAUGGUUCCUGGCACCUCCUGCCUGUCAGCCCUGCCACAUUCAUGUCGGAGGAUGAGAAAACAGGCUCAGAGAGGUGCGAGGACUUGCCCAAAUGUCACCCAGCUGGAUGUGGUGGGGCCAAGUUUGGAAUCCAGGCUCGCUGGUCUGCCAGGACUGGUGUUCCUUGCAUGCCGUCUUUAUUCUGCCCUCACAAAGUUUGCAUGUGGUUUUAGGGGGUUCACGGAUCUCCAGAGUUGAUCCGCUGGGUUCAAACUCACUGUCAGGGCUAGAGAGAGGACCAGAUAGGGGAUUCAGAUGGAAGAGUGCUGCACCUCAGCUGUGGUUCUCUUCCAGGAGCUUCCAGCAAGAGUCAGCUCUCAAAGAUGAGGUCUGGGAGGAAGGGAGAGGAGCUGCCUCCUUAGCUGGCACGUAAGAUUUGCCCAGCACUUGUCCUGCAGCUUCCUGCCAGGGCUGGCUUGAGAUGCAGACUCUGAAGGGGCCCUGGCCUGUCCCAUCCUAGGAUGUGACGUGUGAAGUGGACAUGCCCCUGUCCCACCUCCAGAUCUCAGCCCGUUGUCAGGUGGUCACAGUCUGUGCCCCAGAGGGAAAUGAAAGCCAAAUGUAGCAGGAAGUCACUAAUUUAA